AUGAAUCCUGCACCCUCAAUAACCUCAACACCACCUUCCAAUUGGGAAAUUGUAUACAAUAAAUUAGAGGCAUUUCGUGAUAUUGAAGAAGCACCUGUUGAUACAAUGGGUUGUGAAAGACUAGCUGAAGCAACAGCAUCUCCAAAAGUACAGCGAUUUCAAACCCUAAUCGCACUCAUGCUCUCAUCACAAACCAAGGAUACAAUAACAAGCACAGUCAUGAUCAAAUUACAAAAAGAAUUGCCCAAUGGUCUAAAUCUUGAAAGCAUCUUGAAUAUCGAUGUUGAAUCGUUGGACAAGAUGAUCAAGUCUGUCGGAUUUCAUAGUAAAAAAGCGAGAUAUAUAAAGAGAACUGCAGAAAUAUUACGUGAUCAGUAUGAAGGUGAUAUUCCUGAUACCAUCGAAGGCUUAACAAGUCUACCAGGUGUUGGCCCCAAAAUGGGAUACUUGACCUUACAAGUGGCAUGGAAUAAGAAUGUUGGUAUUGGUGUAGAUGUUCAUGUACAUAGGAUAACCAAUAGAUUGGGCUGGGUUCGUACAAAGAAUCCAGAAGAGACUCGCUUGAGUUUACAGUCUUGGCUACCUAAAGAUAAAUGGAGAAAGAUUAAUACUAUCAUGGUGGGAUAUGGUCAAAUCGUCUGUCUACCACAAAGGCCACGAUGUGAUAUAUGCCCAGUGAACGAAUACUGCCCUUCUUCAGAAGUGAAAAAGAUUGUUAAAAAGCAGACUAAUAUUAUUAAACAGGAUGAUGAUAAGAUUAAAAUGGACAAAACAAAGGAAGAGGCUACGGAGGCAGUGUACUUUAAGAAAGAGUUUGAUGAUCAACCAUUAGAAAACGAUUUAUAA